CAACCUUUCCCUGGCUUUUUCAAGCACCGCAAUCAUCCGUUUUUUCAAUAUCCUUCCAUUCAAGCCCUUUUGCCCUUGGCUUGAGAUUUGAGAACCCCUCUUUACCAAAAAAAAAAAAAGAGCAACCCCUCUCUCUCUCUCUCUCUCUCUCUCCCUCUCUCCCUCUCUCUCACACGGUUGAACUGGCUUGUUGCAAUGGUCACAACAAGAAGAGUUCCCAAGUCUGCCAUUGAAACAAAAACGGAAGAGUUCAAGAACAAUGAUAAGCUCCAGUUUGCUCUUCACCUUUUCAUCAAUUCUCAUAAAUUUGGUUCUCUGCUUUACUCCCAGCACCUCCCAGCCCACCUUAGUUUACAACUUUUGCUUAGGAGCUAAUUACACCACUAACAGUAACAUCCAAUUUACAACAAAUCUCAACCUUCUCCUCUCGUCUCUAUCUUCUAAAGCUUCUUCAUCCACCAACCAUGGAUUCUACAACUUCACUACCGGCCAGAAUCAAUAUAAAGUUUAUGGCCUCUUCCUUUGCAGAGGCGAUGUUACCAUAGAGACCUGCCAGAAUUGCGUUGAGACAGCAAGCAAAGAGAUCAUACAACUCUGCCCAGUUAACAGAGAAGCCAUUAUUUGGUAUGAAGAAUGUAUGUUAAGGUACUCUAAUCGAUCCAUAUUCUCAAUCAUGGAAGUGGAACCAAGAAGUUAUUUCGGAAUCUUCGUUAAUGUCUCCGACCCAGAUCAGUUAAAUCGGACUCAGAGUGGUUUGAUGGACAAACUCAUCACAAGGGCCGUCCGGGGCCCUUCUUCCCCAGCCAUGUUUGCCAUCGGAGAUGAGAAAUUUAGUCUCUUUCAGAACCUAUAUGGGUUAGUUCAGUGCACGCCUGAUCUUUCUGGGACUGAUUGUGAUAAAUGCCUGAGAGGAGCUGUUUCUGCGAUACAGAAUCGGUUUUAUGCGACGCUAGAAGUGGCCUUAUAUCGACCCAGUUGUGUUGUAAGGCGUAGUAGUAUUCCUUUCUAUCCACUGAAGGCUGGUACCCCAGCUGCUGCCCCUCCUCCUCCUCCUCCUCCUCCUCCACCAUUAUCAGAGGAUAUAGCCCCAAACAGUAAGCAUGGAAGGAGGAAAUCAUUUCAACCUGCUUGUGUAAUUGCUAUCCCCUUAGCUAUUGCAGUGACAGUUCUUUCUAUCAUUUGCUUCUAUGUACGAAGGAGAAAGAAAAAGAAAAAAGCUAAUUUAAUGGAUGACUAUACAAAUGUGGAUUCCUUGCAAUUUGGCUUCAUUACAAUAAAAACUGCAACUGAUAACUUCUCUGAUGCAAAUAAGCUGGGUGCCGGUGGAUUUGGUGCUGUUUACAAGGGCAGGCUUUCAGAUGGACAAGAAAUAGCUGUGAAGAGGCUCUCUGGAAAUUCUUCCCAGGGUGAAGCAGAAUUCAAAAACGAGGUUGCAUUAUUAGCCAAGCUUCAGCACAGGAAUCUUGUUGGACUGAUAGGUUUCUGCUUGGAAGGAAAAGAAAAGCAACUAAUCUAUGAGUUUGUCCCCAACGGAAGUCUUGAUUACUUUAUAUUUGAUCCAAGCAAGCGGGCAGAAAUGGACUGGAGAAUGCAUUACAAAAUUAUAGAAGGGACUGCUCGAGGGAUUCUUUAUCUACAUGAGGAUUCUCAAAUUAAGAUUAUUCAUCGGGAUCUUAAACCAAGCAAUAUUUUACUUGAUGCAGACAUGAACCCUAAAAUUUCCGAUUUUGGUAUGGCAAGGCUAGUUAUGAUGGACCAAACUCUAGUCAAUACAAAGAGAGUUGUCGGUACUUAUGGAUACAUGCCUCCGGAGUAUGCUUUAAAGGGUUUGUUUUCUGUGAAGUCUGAUGUUUUCAGCUUUGGUGUUAUUGUGCUCGAGAUGAUAAGUGGGAAAAAAAUCAGAAGUUUCCACCUUACAGAAGAUUCACAGACACUGCUGGAAUAUGCCUGGAGACUAUGGCAUGAAGAAAAGGGUUUGGAGUUCAUAGAUCCAAUGUUGAAUAAUUCAUGUCCAACAUCAGAAGUUUUGAAAUGUCUCCUUAUAGGGCUUUUGUGUGUUCAAGAAGAUCCCAAGUACAGACCUACUAUGUCAUCUGUGGUUAUGAUGUUGAAGAAGAAACUCGAUGCCCUGCCUCAACCUAGACAACCUGCCUAUGCUAUGGGGAGCAGCAGCAUUGAAUCAGAUCCAUUUUCAGUAAGUGGGGAAAGUUCUUCAGUAAAUGAGGCUACUUUUUCUAGUUUUACACCUAGGUGAGGGAUCAAUGAAGUGUGUUAUUCAUCUCCAAUUCAUUAUGUAAUUGUUGUUAAGUUGCAAGAUAUGAUUAAGAGUUACAGCAUUAUGAAUCUGUUCAUUGCUUUGUGGGAUCUGCUGUACCCAAGGGAAUAGUCAAGCCGAAGGCCUGGAAACCCUCUUUAAACUUGAACAUGUUUGCACUCCCUAACUUGGUCUGAGUUUAGAUCAAAGAGUAUUACAUUGUUUUCAA